AUGACACAGUUCUUACCACCUAACUUACUAGCACUUUUUGCACCGCGAGAUCCAAUCCCUUUUCUUCCGCCCAUAGAAAAACAUGCAAAUCAUAGAAAGUUACCAUAUACCGGUGUCGCUCAAUUUCUAGGAGAAUUUGAAGAUGCGUCCGAAACGCCUGCUCCAGUACGCAUCGAAACUCGUGAAGAACGUAAGGAAAGGAAGCGUCGAGAGAAACAAGAGCAAGCUAAUUACAAACUUGAACAAGAUCUUGCAUUAUGGAAUCCUAAAAAGAAUCCGAAGGCUACCUCUAAUCCUUAUAAUACUAUGUUCGUAGCUAGACUUAACUAUGACACUACAGAAUCCAAACUAAAACGGGAACUUGAUAUCUUCGGGAGAAUCAACAAUAUUGUAAUGGUAAAGAAUGUCAUAACGGGAAAGCCUCGUGGAUAUUGUUUUGUGGAGUUCGAACAUGAACGUGAUAUGCAUGCCGCUGUCAAAGCUCUAAAUGGCAGAAAGAUCGAUGGUGUCCGCGUCGUGACAGACGUUGAACGAGGGAGAACUCGUCCUGACUGGAGACCUAGGCGUUUGGGUAAGCUAUGA